AAAGAAUCUUCGCACUACAUCCUGCAGAUGUGCACCGAGGAUCGGUACCCCAACCUCGACUUGGCAUCGACGAGGCCCUUCCCUGAGGACUCUUCCUUCACCAUCAUCUACGAGGGCCCACAGAACGAGUUCCACGUGAAGUCGCUUCCUUCCAACGAACAGCACUGGUUCAGGGUGAGGGCUUGUUCCAACAACAUCAUGAGCAGAUGGUGCAACAAGACUCUGUCGGUCAAGACGAAGGAGGAGAGAGGGUUCAGCUGGGACCGAGCUGCGAGCCACAAAGAGACUGUCAUCUCCAUGGAAGGUCAAAGAGUCCAGCGCUCCCCCAGCUCCUCCCAUUGGGUCUGCGCCUUCGGCAACAAAGCCUUCAACCUGAAGCGUCGGUACGCCACGAUCAAGGUCAGCGGGGACUCGCCGUAUCUCUACGUGGGGGUGGCGUACAAGGGAGCGCCGGUAGCUGAGGCGUACAACAACGUCUCCGUCCUGUGGCGGAAAGGGUCGGGCGACUUGUGUUUCCACGGCGUGCGGCUGAACAGGAGCAAGCUGCCCUCUGUCUCCUCAGCGUCGGGCGAGCUCUGCUACGGAGGAGGCGACGUGGUCGGGAUCAUGGUUGACGUGAAGCUGGGAAAGGUUGCGUUCUUCUGUAAUGGAGUGCUGGCUCGAACAGCUUCGGGGCUGAGAACAGACGUGGACGUCCUCCCCUUCGUGUCGCUGGGAUCUGCUGAUGUUGUGGCUGAGUUCACCACGGAGUCUUUUAUCCCAACAACUCCGAGAGAUUUCUCUUCUCAGCGAAGAUUACGGAGUUGAUGCAAGCAUACUCGACAUGUCUAUCAUGUGAAUAUGAUUCAAGGUUCAUUAAAAAACAUCAAUAUUUGUC